UAUAAAGUCCUGUUCAAGAUAAAUUCCUUGGUGCAGUAUGGAUGUGUUCCUGGGCAAGCACUUGAUGUCAAAUUUUAUAAGCUAGUUGAUCCUAGUAGAAUAACAAUUGAAUAUAUAGAGUGUGCCCUGGAGAUACUAUUUCACUUAAAAGUGUGCUGCUAUAAACCCGUGAGUUGGCUUAGAAACCAGUACAAAAAGCACCAGGCAAGCAAGCGAAUUGCCAAAACACCUGCUAUUUCUUUGGAUGAUGGGCUGGUGUAUGUACACAGGGUUCAAAUAACACCAUCUAAAGUAUAUUUCUGUGGUCCAGAGAUAAAUCAUUCGAAUCGCCUUUUCCGAAAGUAUCCUGAAGAUGUUGAUAACUUUCUUCGUGUAUCUUUCGUUGAUGAGGACUUGAGCAAGAUGCAUUCAGAAGAUUUAUGUAUGCGUUCAACAAAACAAGAAAGGCCAACAAGAGUCCAUGAAAGGAUACUUUCUAUCCUAAAAAAUGGCAUAGUUAUUGGUGAGAAGAAGUUUGAGUUUCUUGCCUUUUCAUCAAGUCAA